AUGGCCGAGUUGAUAGCAGCUAUCGACGCGUCUAAACCACGGACGACUCCUGGACCGGACGGAUUACCUUACGAGUUGUUCAAAAACCUGAAUGAGACAUCCUUGGCCUCGCUUCUGGAUAACAUCAACCACGUUCCAGUGGUGCACUACCCUGAGAGGAACCAGCUCGAGCCUUACGUUACCGCGGUAGUUACGGCUGUUGUGCUUCUGUUCCUGCUAUUGCCGCUCACCAUCCAACUGGUGCAGAUUAAAGUGAUAGCCAGCAAGCGUGCCUCGCUGCAACGAGAGCAGAUGGACAAGAUCCGCUCGCGCCGAUUGGAGGAGAAACAGGUGCCGGUGGACAAGAGCAACAUGUACCUCUGCUCUUCGGCAGCCUGCUUCGAUACCGGGCGCGAAAUUGCGGAUCUGAUCAAGUAUGAGAGAACCCCCUGCAAGAAAGCGGACGCCUUCCUGUGCCAGACGAGCAGCCGCCCCUUCCAGGAGACACAAAGGCUCUUGCUUUGGCAAGAGUUACUGCGAACUCUUCACGACUUCAGUCGUUCAACGGACCCGUUCUUGAAGAAGAUAUACUCUCAUUUCCACGUGUGCAGGAGUCAUGCUGCCAGCGUUCUCUGGCGCAUGAAAAAUGACUGUAGAAAGGCUUCGGCCGAAGCGGGUAGAAAACUGAGGGAUAGGAAAGCGGCCAUUCACCUGUCUGUGGGCUACAAGGCAUCGUUCCUUCAGUGGAACUUGACUCGACGCCUUUUCCUCGCGUGGGCUUCGCGCGUGUGGCUCGAAUUUGCCGUUGACGCGGUGCGCGCGCGUGCAGGUUCGUCCCAGUCGAGCGAGCGGCCCGUGUUGCCCGACGUGGUGCAGAGGCGCAUCCCGCAACCCCUGGGUUUGGCCGAGUGGCCGGUCGUAUCGAACGCCGCACUGCCUCGCGUAUCCUUUUCGGCCGCCAAACUGGCGCAGAUCUACGGCUGCUUCCCGCUCGUCAAGAUCGCCCUACAGCUCAAGGAAGGCAAACGCUACAUCCAGUUGACAGAACCGGACACCAUCCGUGACAUGUUCGAGAUGGACAGGUACCGUUACAAGGAGGAAGCGCUGCUCUCCUUCCUGCAGAAGUUGGCUCAGGGGCCGCAGGACUCCGAAGAAGGCAAAGAUCCCCGCAGAUACACGGCCGUGCUACGUGGAGCUCUCGAUAUCGAGGCCAAAGUGACUCAAAUGAAGCAUUCCGACGAAGAGAUAUCUGCAGCUCCAGAUUUAGCUGUGCGAAGUAUCAAGGACAUUGCCGACAGCGAAGUGUGGGACUGGGAGGAGUUCUUACGCAUAGUCUUGAAGGAUGUUCACGAAGAGCCCGUCAGCCCCAUCACUAUUGUCCUCUUCAAGAAACGAUUUGUCGACGAUUUGAUGGAGGUCCUCCGUAAAACCAACAUGACCAACGUGAUGACGUUCCUGGUGAUGCAUGCUGCGCUGUCGCUCCUUCCGGCGACCAUCGGCGAUGUCCGGGACGAACCUUUCGUGCAGGACGUGCUGGCUCUUCGCUACGGCGGCCGCCUCGAGCACUUCUGCGCCGAGAGCACCUUCUCGCUCUUCCGCUUCUACUUCCUCGGCCUGCUCGCACGGCGCAUCUCCAACGGCACGGCGCAGAAGACAAUAAACGACAUCACAGGCGUCUACAUACCUUCCCUGCUGGAGCUCUUCAACGACAGUAUCAAUUCAGCUCAAGCGCAAGAGAUCGUUCAAAAAAAGAUGUCUGAACUGCGUAUCAACAUCGGUCCCAUCGAGAAUACCUGUUCCGGAGGUACCGAAUGCGCUGAUCUGUAUAAAUACGUUCCCGUUAUGCAGGAGGCUGACAAGCACAGUUUAAUGACGAUCGCUAUCACGAUGGUGACGCACGUCGAACUCAAACUCACGAAAGAUCAACCAGGAUGGAGAGAUGUAACGUUCGAAACCCGAGGGGUACUGGCGUAUGGAACAAACAUCCUCUACCUCCCGGUCCAUCUUGUAAACUCUGAAUUUAUUGGAGAAGAAAGCUUUAUGCACAUAGGCACUUUCGGAAAGGCAGUCAUCGAAAGCCUCCUACCUGCGUUCCUCCAUGAAGGAUUGACCUUCUACAGGAGAGGCGGGUUCAGCUCUCACAUGGACGAUACGACGAACUCUCGGUGGAACCUACUGGCCGAGUGCAUAGCACGAGGAUUCCGGGGCUUCAAGCGGGCGGCAAACGCGACCGACGCUUGGCCCAACAGGCGUCCGAUGAUACAAGUGCUUCGUAUGGGGGCUGCUUACAAGGCGUAUCAUAAGCUCAUCGACAGACUGAAAGGAAGGAGCAAGAGCUCGGAGAAAUUGUUACGCCUCAGCGACUCCGUUUUCAUGGAACCGGACCAGCUAUUCUUCGUGCUGUACGGAUGGAGCCUUUGCAAUGGUGAAGGUGGCCCUGAGAGGCACGUCGCCCGUGAACGCCCAACUAGGUGGAGCAUCCAAGACCUCCUGGAGAACAAUCGCGCGUUUCAAGCUGCCUUCCGCUGCCCCGCAGUAGGCAAUGCCACCGCUUGUCUUGCGAGCUUCAUAUGACGCUGAGACAGCCUGUCGUUUCGGAGCCACUAUUCGAGAAGGCUCCGCGAUAAGGCUGCAUUUCAUCAAUUAUGUAUUCAUACUGUCGAAUAACCGCUCUGUAGAUAA